GCUAAACAACGCCUAUGAAUGUUUGGUAUAUUUUCAGUGCCACAAAGCUUUCCCGCAAGAAAUGCAACGAGAAAAUAACGCCGGGCAAAUCCUGUCCACUCAAUCGCAAUAAAAGAGUCUGGAGAAAAUGUAGAAAAAAUGGAAACUCUCGCAAGACCCCAGAAGAAUUAUCAGCUUUGGUUAUUACAACAAUGAGUUCACAGGCCUCUGUUUCUUCCUGUUUGUUCUCAAGAAGUUCGUCCCAAGCAUCCUCAAUCAAGCACUCCAAUUCACCCCUCCGACAGUUCCCUCGUACCAGAUUCGCCGGUUUUCCUUCCUCCAGAGGUGCGAGCCCUCCUCUCGUGAGAUGCCCGAGGGCAGGAAUUAGAGCAACUCUGGAUGAAAGGGACCAGAUUGCGACCACCCCACUUCUUGUUCAAGAAGAGCAGCCCAACAGAGAAAUUGCAGAGGGUAUAAAAGUUCUGAAGGAUGCUGCGAAGACUAGAAAGGUUCCGGCAGAGGAGGUUCUUUCUGCUCUCUCUGUGAUUGAGAAAUCGAAGCUCGAUCCGUCCGGGUUUCUCGGGACGUUGGGCGGUUCAGAAUCACCAGGGAGGACAUGGAUGCUCAUCUUCACAGCGGAGAAUAAAUUGAAGAAAGGACGGUAUUUCCCAUUGACGGCCGUUCAGAGGUUUGAUGCAGCUGGACAGAGGAUCGAGAAUGGGGUGUACCUUGGCGGGCUUGGCUAUUUGACAUUUGAGGGUAGACUGUCGUGGAAGAAGCGAAUACUGGCCUUUAUUUUUGAGUGCGUAAGGAUUAAAAUCGGCCCUUUCAAUCCGUUAGAAAUUGGCCUUGGCCAACAGGGGGACAGAGAGCCAAGCACCAAGGAUCCUUUCUUUAUCUGGUAUUACGUUGACGAGGAAAUAGCAGUUGCUCGAGGGAGAAGCGGAGGAACUGCUUUCUGGUGCCGAUGUCGCCUCGUGACUAAUUUUUGAUAGUCUGAUGAUUGCUAUUCCAUCGACUUGAUAAGUAUUCUUGUAUCUUAAAACCAGUUCUAUCUACACUCAGUUAUCCACGACAGAGAUGAGAAAAUGUUCGGAAUGCACACAUUUGUACAUAAUCAAGGAUGUUAGGUUAGGUUUGCUGUUACUCCGUUUAGUAAACUGUUUUCCCCAGGAUUUGUUUUAAGUGUGAAUUCUUACUGUAAAAAAAGGUGUCCCGUUUCUUUCUUUCUCCAAAUCCUCGCAUAAUAAAGACUGCUUAUUCCAA